AUGCCGCUGAAGGCCCACAUUCCCGAUGAACUUCUGAGUCACAUCUUCAGCUUCCUGCAGCCACCACGUCCAGAAGUUCUCGGCCGCGCUCGAUAUGAGCACAUCGAGUGGGCGCUGCCAGACGAUUUGCCGGCGGUCGAUCGAUGCUCAGCCACCAGCGAGAAACAAUACCUUCCACAACUCAAGACGGACGAUGCGCAGCACAAGCUCGGUCUCUCCACGCUGAAUAGCUGCAUGCGUGCCUGUCCGAUUGCUGAACUGCAAGCUUUCAAUCGCACACUGUUCCGUCGGCCUGAUCUGACUCGUAUGGUGAAGUUCAUCACCAUCAGUUGUGAUCUGGACCCGGACUUCUGCAACUCUCUGAAGACCUGCAAAGCGCUCAGGACCCUCGAGAUCAUUUGGCCAGGCAUGUCCGUCGAUUACAUGCAGAACAUCUAUCCCUUGAGCACGAUCAUCGACUACAAAUUUAUUGGAGACAUGAUCUGUCAGAGCUUUCCACUGCUGGAGAAGCUCGUGCUCGACCCUCGUGAGGCUUACUUUGGAGAAACCUGCAGGCAGCUACGCAGCCUGGAUCUGUCGUCAAUGGCACGGUUGCAAGAGCUGGCGGUCGAAGCAUGCGCGUUGUGGGGUGAGCAUGCCAUCGAUUCCCGUCUACCACAGGAUAUCGAAGCUCCGUUACCUGGCCUGCAAGAUGUCCUACCGCCUUCGAUCCGCAAACUCUCCGUGUUGGUUCAUCGCCGUUGCGAUCGUCCGCGCUCAGAGGUCGAGGAAGUCGAAGAAAUCAAGCUUCAGAGGAACCAAAUGCUCAUCCUGAAUGGUGCUCUGAGAUACCUCGUCGAUGCUCCGUUUAGCCUCCGUUCCGUACAUCUGGACAUGCCAUCGCAAGAAGUUCACGAGGGUUUCGACAGGCUUGAUGAGUUCUUCGACGAGCUCGGCUUCACUCGCAGUGUGGUCAACGCAGACCCGGAAGUGCAGAGGGCCAGUCCGGUGGUGGGAACUUCUACGCCGAAGGAUCAACGGGUCAAGCUGAGAGACACCUUUAGCAUGUGGCUGCCUGGCACGGAUCGCUGGCCUACUGUGGUCAUCAAGCGCUUGGAAGAUGCGAAGACUGAGGCUGAUCUGGCACGCUGGAGAGCU